UAAUUAUUAUUAUUAUUAUUAUUAUUAUUAUUAUUAUUAUUAUUAUUAUUAUUAUUAUAUUAUUAUUAUCAUCUUUCAUCCAUCUAAACCCAAAACUCAAAACGCAAAACUCAAAACCCCUUCUACUCAAAACGCUUCUUCCACUUCCACCACAGGCUACUACUGUACAAUCAAAUCAAUCAAUCAAUCAAUCAAUCAAUCAAUCUACCAACGUACCAACCCACUCACUACCUACCUACCUACCUACCCGACCGACAAUUCUUACUUCAAUCAAAACCACCACCACCACAACUUUCUCAAAUAUAAAUUCAAACAAAAAUAACAAUUAAAAACUUGUCAAUUUACUUGCACUUGAUUUUAUUCUGUUUUUGAUUUUGGUUCUUUGAUUCAUCAUUUCAUUCACUCUACUACUUUCAUGAAUUUCUCCUAUUUCCAACCAAUCCGCAAAGUACAUGAGGCGAAAUGACAGACGCAUGUAUUGUAUGUUUAGAGGACCUGGAGGUGGUAGUGGUCCAACAACACGACGAAGAAAAAGUUGGGGUUCCGGAUCCCGUCCCAGCACCCAGCUCAGUGGUGCAAGACCCCCAAACCCAUUCCCCAGAGGCUCUGGAGCUCGAGAGGGGCAACGCCGGCAAAGAUCCUGAUGUCGAGCAUCUGCAGCGUCGACAAUGUAUUUCUUCGGGGAAAAGUAAUGGUAAUGGUAACGGUAACGGUAACGGUAACAAUGCUUUAUGCGUGGCGCAGAUUAAACCGUGUGAUCAUGUUUUGCAUGAUCAUUGUUUGAGGGAAUGGAGUCAGAAGGCUAAUAGUUGUCCGAUUUGUCGGGCGAGCUUUAAUUUGGUGCUGGUACUGGAUGGAGUUGGAGGAACGGUACAAUCAGAAUAUACCGUCGAAGAUCGAAAACAAACGGCCGAGUUCGACUUGGCUGCGUGGCAACAGGAUAACCCAGAAGAUUUUGAGGAUGAGGAAGAAGGAAGAUCGUGCCCAAUCUGCGACCAGUCCGAUCAAGAAGAUGUUCUCCUGUUAUGCGAUGGAUGCGAUGCUCCUUAUCAUACACAUUGUAUCGGUUUAGACAAUGUUCCAGGUGGUCACUGGUAUUGUAUGGAAUGUGUGGAAAGUGGUGCUUUUGGCCAACAUGAUGAAUCGCAAGGACCCGCGAGAGCGAUCCCCUUUUCAGGACAACACAUCAGCAGAACUCAGGCCAGCGUUCGACGUGCUCGGAGGAAUGGCAGACAAGAUAGGUGGAUUAAUGCCUGGGGGCAAUUAAGUAGCGCAAUCCGAAAUGUCGCUGGCGUUGACCUCGAUUUUGCCGAGGAUGAUCAGGAGUUGAGGGGUUAUAGGGACCUUCAACAAUUUUCCGCUACAGAAUUCAACAGAUGGGAACAACGAUUACAUAUCGCGAGACGUCAAGGUGCUGGUCAAAUAUUUCGAGCUGCAGCACCACAAGUUGUUCGAGAGCGCAUUCAACCACCGGCGCCUGUUGUUGAAACUCGGGAAGAGAGACAGGCAUGGGGAGCUAUGGAGAGAGCUCAACAUCUUGAUGAUACAUCGAAUGCAAGGAAGCGCAGAAGAUCAACUGCAUCACCAGCUAGUCGUGGUGGCUCAACGCCAGAAGAACCUGAACGCAAGCAGAAACGUCCAAGAACACGGAUUGUUCAAAAUGGAUCAUCAUCUGUCGCAUCAUCCAGCACGAAUCCUCAACCCCGACCUUCAUCUAGUAGGAGUAAUGGUUCACCAAGGCAAUCACCAAGACUUUCAGAUACCAUAAAUACGAACAUAAACACAAACGCUGAACCUACAUUUCUUUCUUCACUUCUUCGAGAAGUUGAGAUGGCACCAUCUUCCGAUGAUGAUUCGAUAAGGUUUGGAUUGGAUGUUACGUCUAAUCGAGCAAAUGGUGCUACAAGUCCAUCAUUUGAUUAUUCAUCUCCUGCUACCUCACCAGCCUCUCCCGCACCUUUUCGCAGUCGCGCAAUAUCAACCACACCCCCACCAAGAGGUCGGCAAUCCCGUUCUCCUCCUUUGAGCUCAACUGUUAUGCCUGAUUUUUCUGCGGUUCACUAUUCACCAAAUCGAUCACCAACAGUCGAUUCACCAAGUCAAAUGGCUGGGGGUCAAAACAAAAGAAAGAGGGAUGGAUCGCCUACACCGGAAAUCCGACAACCUCAACCUCGUAGACAAAAAAUAUCACGAGCAAGAUCUCAAGAUUCUUCACCCGUACGAACAAAUGUCGUGAAUUCAUCAACAUCUCGAUCCGAAAAUACAUCACCAUUACGAAAUGCAAUGUCAAUUGAAGAGAAACAAAGCAUCAACAAAAUAGUUAAAACAGCUCUCGGACCUCAUUGGAAAUCUCAAAAGAUUUCAGAAGAACAAUAUGCUGAUAUCAAUCGAAAUGUUUCGAGGAAACUUUAUGAACUUAUUGCGGACAAAAAUCACGCCGACGGAGAUAAAAGUUCAUGGGAAAAGAUUGCCACAAUGGAAGUUGGCAAGGCGGUUCAAUCUUUGGGAAAUCAAAUCUCAUGAAAGGGAUCUGGAAUGGAAUUUUAAUUGUAACGAAACGCAUAUUACGAACCAACGGACGGCGAAAAGAUUUUCGGGAUAUUUUCUGGAGGUUUCUUGAGGGCAUAUUAAACAUGGAGUCACAACUUACUAUUAGCGAAUGGAAUUACCUUUUUGUUUUCUUCUUCCCUCUUGUAUUACAAGGAAAAUUGUAAUUUGGUGUUAUAUGGAAUGGUGUGGAAUGGAGUGGUUCAUUACAGGGCAUUGGUAUGCAUAAUGUGAAUUGCUAUUUAUGAUACCAUUAAUAUAUUUUCUUGCGCUGGAGCAAUGGGAGAAUGGAGGCAUAGGAGAGUGUACAGGUGGGGUCUCUGGUUUUCGGAUUCGGGAGAUUGGAGAUUGGAGUGUUUGUAAUAUUUGGGAUGGAAGAGGGUUUUUGAGUAGUGUGCUUUAUGCGAGAUUUGUUGAUUAUUUGGGGAGGUGGAAUUGAGAGGUGAGAGUCAAAGGGAAAGAGAUGAUUGAUGGUGAUGGUGAUGGUGAUGGCGGUGGUGGUGGAAAGAGUUAUUG